AUGGCACAAUUGACAAAUGGUAACACAACAACUAAAAUCAAUCGAAUACAAGAUGACGAAAAAGAAUUAUUGUUUCAAUUACGGAAACUGUAUGCUAGCGAUUAUAAAAAGUACAGUGAACAUAUUCGUCGCGAACCAGAUAUUCCACUGUCUAUAAGAAAAAUCUAUAAACUAUUGGAUGAACGCAAAGCGUACCGAAGAAUCUCGGAUUAUUUCCAUCGAACACGGCGAACAAAAAAGUCACAAACGUCACGAGCGAAUGAUCAUGAUAAAGUGUAUCGCACAUCGAUUCGUCAAUCUUCUUCAGAACCGGAAUCUAUGUGUACUAUGCAAAUCGUCAAUGAUAUGGACGAUGACGACGAUGGUGAUAAUCAACAUCUUCAUCAACUCUCGGAUAAUUCUCCGAUGUUGCAUGAUAAUGAAGAAACAUGUGAAGCAAAUCCAACGCACGAGAGCGAUUCACAUCAUAUACAACCAUCUUCAUCAAUCAGUCCAAACCACCAUCGAUCCUCCACCAGUACACAACCGAAUUUACUAUUAGUUCGUUUGAAUCUUCAAAAAGCUAUACAGGAACUAGAUCGUGCGAUUGUCGCGAAGUCCGACAACACAAUAGACGAUUAUAGUUAUCGGCAAGAGCAACAAUAUUCUUCAAUCAGCAAAAUCGAAUUAUUAGCUAACGGUCAGUCGAAUUUAGACGCCAUAGUUCGAUCUUUGUCGCACGUUGUUACUCAGCAACAAGAAAAUGCUCAUUCAAUUCUUCAAGAAUCGUCGACACUAGUACUCAACGAAACGAACCACGUCGAAAAACAAUCUCUUCAACAUGUCAUCGAUCGCUUGAACGCUCUCGUUGAUCGAGGUCAUUCCAUCUACGGUCGAAUCGAAAGUAUUUUGUCAGAAUUUUGA